AUGGUGGAUCGCUUGCCGGUGGAAGAGGGAUGGGUCUAUGGCCAGAAGCCAAAGGAACCGGAGGCUCCGCCAGACCUUGAGAGUCUCUUCGAAGCUGCCGGAGUACCGGAUAAGCUCACAAAUGGGCAGCCACCCUUCUCUCCGGAGUGGUAUGCAGGAGCCAAAGAGAGGCAAAGACUACGAGACUUGGAGAUAGAGCAUCUGCUUUCGACACGCAAUGAUGCGCGUCAUCAUUGGGCAGAAUUAGUAUGGACGGACUUGGAAAUCUGGCAAGACAGAAUUGACUUCACAGUCUCGCUCCCUGAACCACUGGCUGAUCUGCAAGCCUUGCUUGCGCGAACAAAGCAUGAGCGUCCAGACGAUGUCGAGGGAUUCCGACAGAUCCAAGACAUUGCGGCAAAGGCAGAAGUUCGCCAACUUGCAGUGCGAGCAGACAUGAGCGACGCCAAACAACAUAUGACUGAAAUUGAGGACAAAGUCCGCAGACGGGAAGCUCAAGACGAGGCUGCUGAGAAGGAGCGCCUAGAGAUCAAGCGAUUAGCAGAGAAACGCCGCCGGCGGGCUGAACGCGUUCUCAAGCGCAACGAAGCGCUUUUACGCGGUGAGGAUCCGCCACCGUUGAUUGAAGAUUCCGAUCUUGAGCCUGUCAACGCUGAGGCUUUCACAUCGCCUCGAGAAUCCUUUGAAGAGCACCGCAAGUCCAUUACCGAUGAGUCUUUGUCGCCAGCUCCUCCGCUGCAACGUGGAGGCCUGGCUCGUGAGCUUCCGCCACUGCAAGAUCCUCCGCAGCCGCCAUUGUGAACUUGCGUGCGAAGCACGUGCAAAUCUAUGGGUGUAGCACUACCCGAAUGGGAAAGUGAGAGUUUCACAUUUUUCUAGAUGCAAGAAUGAAGUGAC